CUUCCGCAUUAACCUCUUUUGGCUCCGGCGACUCGCCAUCAUCAGUGCGGAGGCGUUCGCCAGCUAAGGCGAUGGCGACUGGGGCACCGGAUUCUCAAGCUCGCUUCGGUCAGUCCGUGAAAGGGCUUCUCACCGAGAAGGUGAACACCUGUGGUACUGACGUGAUCGCGCUCACCAAACAGGUGCUGAAGGGCUCCCGGAGCUCCGAGCUGCUCGGUCAGGCAGCUCGAAACAUGGUACUACAGGAAGAUGCCAUCUUGCACUCAGAAGAUAGUUUAAGGAAAAUGGCAAUAAUAACAACACACCUUCAGUACCAGCAAGAAGCUAUUCAGAAGAAUGUUGAGCAGUCGUCAGACCUACAGGACCAGUUGAAUCACCUGUUGAAAUAGACUAGCAUGUAACAGUGCAAAAUCCUGGUGAUGAAGAAAACCUUACAACAGCUACCAUGCCAUGGGUCGAUUUUCUACUUCUCUAAAAGUUAGAAAAGAUUUGUGAUGAUGUACAGUUUGUCUUGAAUAGAAGUUAGGUGGCUGAAUUUUGGAAGCACUUCUUGAAUCAGACCAACCCAAGCUCUUAGUGAAAUUUUAAGUUGCUUUGUUGAAUUUGAUAGUAAAGUAGAAUUAAAAGAUGUCUUAGUUUUUCCUGUAGAACUCUUAAUAUGUUGGAAGUCAUAAUGCCUAAAUUUGAUUCUUAAGCAAACACUGAGUAAUGUUUUUAAUCCAGAAACAGAGUUUCUAAUGUGAAUACAUGAAAAAGCUAAUAUUCUUUCCAAAGACCAUUUUUUAAUUGUGUAUUCAAGAAACAUUUUAAUUUUAUGGUCACAGAAUAGUGCUGGGUAAUACCUGUUGUUUUCCUUUCUUCCCUAGUAAUUCAGAGGAGAUACUUAUUUUAUUUGCUGCAGCAAAUUUUGAUUCAGCUUCAACUUAGCUUAGAUGAGAACUAGGCUAAUGGAAUCAUAUCUGGCCAGCUGCAACCUCCUGCCUUGACCUGCAUUCCUAGGGUGUCUUUGUUGUUUUGACUCUUAAGAUUAAGUGGCCUUGGGUUCCCUUAGUAAUUUUCUUUAUCAUCAGCACAUUCAUUUGUAUGACAUUAUUGCCAAAUGUGAAGGUAGCUGAGUUACUGUGAAUGAUUGUGGUAUCGGGUUGUGCUGUAAGGUCGUGAAGACCUUAUGUUUGUAGAUGUUUACUAUGUUUAUUAGAUUCAUGUUGUUAAAUGGCAUAACCACUAAUCUGUUGUCAAAUCUGAAUAUUUUUUCUUUGAUUUGAAAAUGGGACUCUAUCCUCUUUUAGUUCAGUUCUUACUAAUGCUGAGGAGGAAAUACCUUACUACAAAGCUAACAAGAAAAUAGUGCUUUCUGUGAAUAAUUAUAUAUAUAUAUAGUGCUUUAAGUGAAAGUUUACAGUUCAAGUUAGUUUCUCAUACAAAAAUUUAUACACACAUUGUUAAUGUGACCCUAGUUGCUCUCCCUAUAAUGUGACAGCACACCCCUUUCCACCCCAGGUAUCCUGUGUCCAUUCAACCAGCCCCUGUCCCCCUCUACCUUCUCAUCUCACCUCUGGAUAGGAGCUGCCCAUUUAGUCUCAUGUAUCUAUUUGAGCUAAGAAGCACACUCUUCACAAGUAUCAUUUUAUGUCUUAUAGUCCAGUCUAAUCUUUAUCUGAAGAGUUGGCUUAGGGAAUGGUUUUUGUUUUGGGCUGACAGAGAGUCCGGGAGCCAUGUCUUCUGGGGUCCCUCCAGUCUCAGUCAGACCAUUAAGUCUGGUCUUUUUUUUACUAGAAUUUGAGUUCUGCAUCCCACUAUUCUCCUGCUCCAUCAGGGACUCUCUGUUGUGUUCCCGGUCAGGGCUGUCAUUGCUGGUAGCUGGGCACCAUCUAGUUCAGAAAAUAGUGUGUUUUCACUGAAAGAAGAGAAAGCAAGUAAAAGUCCAAUUUAAUUCAUAUUAUGUAUCACCAAGUCAACCAAGCAAAUUAGAUUGCAUUUAUCUCUCAUACAUGUGCACAUUUACUUAAGGUUAAAAACAAUUAGGAGUGAAGAAUCCGAAAAUUCACUUAUACAUUUCAUUCCACAAACAUCUAUUAUAAUUAUGAAAUGUAAAUGAACUCAAUUUGUCUUUUAAAAAAAGACUCACCAAUUUAGAAAAUAAAACAAAAUCUGAUUAUGUAAGUAUAUAAGAUGCAAAUACUUCAAAUCAAAAUAAAAUUAAAAUAAAGGUAUGGUGUACAUUUUCUUCAUGUUGGAACAAAUGUUGAAAAAGCAGUGAUUGCUUACAUUGUAUCUGAUAAAGUAAAUUGCACAAUCAAAAUUUAAAUAAAGGUUACAGUUAUAUUAAAUAAUGAAAACCUAGUAGUACUGAAUUUACUCAUUUUAAAGACAAUAAUACUAAAAUACAGUAGUCCCCCACUUCUCUGCAGUUUCGCUUUGUGGGGUUUCAGCUACCCUUGGUCAAUUGCAGUCCAAAUAUAUUUAAUGGAAGAUUCUAGAAAUAAACAGUUAAUAAGUUUUAAAUUGCAUGUGGUUCUGAGUAUCCUGAUGAAAUCUCAUGCCGUCCCACCUGGGGCUUGAAUCAUCCCUUUGCCCAGUGUAUCCAGGCUGUGUAGGCCACCUGCCGUUAGUCACUUAGUAGCCAUCUCUGCUUUCAGAUUGACUGUCAGUGCUUCUGUUCAGGUAACCCUUAUUUUACCUAAUAAUGGCUCUAAAGUGCAAGAGUAGUGAUGCUGGCAAUUUGGUUAUGCCACAGAGAAGCCAUAAAGUCCUUCUUUUCAGUGGAAAGGUGAAAGUUGUCGACUUAAUAAGGAAAGAGAAAACUGUAUCAUCUCACAUCAUCACAAGUAGGGUGAGUACAGUACAGUAAGGUACUAAAUCCCUUAUAAAUAGAAACAAGGAUGUCCCCUGCCAUUUCUAGUGCUUAAUACUAAAAAAAGAAAAAGAAAAAACUUAGAAAAGGAAAGGAUCUUGGAAGUGACUGAGUCCAGUCCAUUCAGUUACCUGCCAUUUAGAAGGGGUGAUGGUAAAAACAAAACAGAAAACUGGCAGAGGCACUUACCAAUCAGAACCAGUAAUGGUCAUAAGCAGUCUGGUCCACUAUCAGCCCUGCACACCGAUACCCUGAGGGAAGACUGGAAAUAAUUCAAUUUAAGUUGAUAGUGGCUUGCUUUAUUGCAGUUUAUCUGUGUGUGGUUACCUGGAUUUAAGAAUUAUCAAAUGAUUCUUGUAACGAAACCACAGAUUGAAGAGAAUAUAAUAAAGCAACCACAAGUGAACAAGUAGAAAAGAGCUAUUUCCUUAACAUCUGACUCAGUGUGUCCCUUUAAGGGAAAGAUGACAUUUUAACAAUGAAUGAGAAAGUAACUGCUUUUUUAAAGGAACUAAUUUUAUGGAGAGAGUAUUUUGAAACUAAUAAUGUUUUCACCAUUUUAUGAUUGCCAAAAACCAAUGUUACCUAUAAAACACUAAUUUUUAUAUACCUGGAACUUGAAAAGAUUCCAACCUAUAAAAAUAUUCCAACAAGGAUUGUUUCUGUGGAUUUAAUUUGUUAAAAAUAUAAACAUACAACACCUUCCUAUUAGUUUUUAACAACUAACUAACAUCAGGAAAGAUGAAAACUUACCAGCUGGAUUACAACAGAAUAUUAUUAGCGGAUGAGAUUGAAAAAUGGGUAUAAUUUAGUAAAGAAGGCCACUUCUUCCAUUUAGAUAGCCUUUCACUUCGAUCUCCUUAUUAUCCUAAUGAAUAGAAAUGCUUGUUACAACCACAAUAGGAAAUAACCAAACCAAACCUGUUGCCAUUGAGUGGAUUCUGACUAAGACAUACAAAUACAGCAGAGGAAAAGUUGUAAAUAAAUACACAGUCUGCAAGAUAAAAUGACUGAACACCUAGAAAAUACAAGUGAAUUGACCAAAAAUUACUAGAGGUAAAAAUGAACUUAGCCAAGUGUUUUCCUAAGUACAGCUCAAAAUAUGUUGAGAACUGGGGUCUUAAAAGCUUGUGAGCAGUCAUCUAAGAUACAUCUAUUGGUCCCAUCACGUUUGGAGCAAAGGAGAAUGAAGAACACCAAAGACACAAGAAAAAUAUUUGUUCAAAGGACUAGUGGACCACAUGAACCACAGCCUCUACCAGCUUGAGCCGAGAACUAGAUAGAGCUCGGUGACCACCACCAACUGCUUUGACAGGGAUCACAGUAGAGGGUCCUGGACAGAGUGGGAGAAAAAUGUAGAACAAAAUUCAAAUUCACACAAAAAAAGACCAGACUUAUUGGUCUGACAGAGACUGGAGGAACCCCCGAGACUGUGGCCCCCAGACACACUGCUAACUCAGAACUGAAGCCACUCCCAAAGUUCAUCUUUCAACCAAAGAUUAGACAGGCCUAUAAAACAAACAGAACCCUGGUGGCACAGUGAUUAAGAGCUAUGACUACUAACCAAAAGGUCGCAGUUCAGAUCCACCAGCUGCUCCUUGGAAACCCUGUGGGACAGUUCUACUCAGGCAGUUCUACUCUGCCUAUAGGGUCACUAUGGGUUAGAUUUGAUGGCAAUGGGUUUGAUUAUAAAACAAUAACACCUGCCCAAAGGGAAAGGCAAGAAGGUAGGAAGGAACAGGAAAACGACAAAUGGACACAGAGAACCCAGGGUGGAUAAGGGAAAGAGGGAGAGUGCUGACACAUUGCGGGGAUUACAACCAAUGUCACUAAACAAUUUGUGUAUAGAUUUUUUAAUUAGGAACUAAUUUGUGCUGUAAACUUUCACCUAAAACAAUAAAAUUAAAAAAAGAUUUAACAAAAAACAUAGAUUGAUAACUGCUACUACCGUAUGACUCCAUUUAUACGACAUUUUGGAAAAGGCAAAACUCUGGGGAGGGAGAACAGACCUCUGGUUGGUUAGGAGCUGUGUGUGGCAGGGAGGGGACUUAACCACAAAGAGGCAGAAGGAAACUUUUUUGGGCAAAAGAAUUGUUCUAAGUUUUGUCAGAACUCAUAGAACUGUAUACUGAAGAAAGGUCAAUUUUACUUAAUGUAAAAUAUCUCAAUAAAUCUGACUUAAAAAAAAAAGAUUAAGAAAAGGUGAUUUCAUUCCCCAAAGGGACAAUACC